GGCUUUUAUCCUCGUCCUAAGUUGAUAUCUAUCACAACUUAAUUUUAAAUAGUAAAGAUCACUUCGUUCAAAUAAGACCAACUGGCAGUGGAAAACAAAGACCAUCUUAAUCGAUGAUAAGGAAACAAUUGAAUAGAGAAAAGGUUUCUUGUCCAACCUUAAACUAGUUGCUACUAAUUUUACCUCUAUACAGUAAAACUAGUUAACAAGUAGAUAUCAUUACCAUAUUUGAUAUGGAGCCAUUUAGCAAUAAGUCUGAAAAUACAAAAGUUGAAAGUUCACUUUUAAAUUGUAACAUUGCUUCAUUUUAUUUCGUAUUUUUGGCAUUUCGACAAUUAAUAAAAUAAUGUUUCAACGGUUUCUCUCUCUCUCUCUCUCUCUCUCUCUCUCUCUCUCUCUCUCAUUGCUUUUAUUUUAUUUUACUGUUAUGAAAAAACCGGGUCUUCUAGAUAGAGUUUUAAAUUCCUGCUUCCUCAUGCAUAUUUCGUUACUUAGAAGACAGGAUCAUGUUGAGAUCGCGGAAAUUUAUACAUGUACUAACCAAGAUAUUGCAUGCGUGAAUUGAUUACAUUAACUACAUGUAUUGCACAGCAGUAAAGGUGUUUUUAAAUAAGGAAUAAGGAAUCAUUCUUUGAGUAUUAUGAGGUGAUAAUUUUGGUCGGGACGUGAUCAUGCCCCGACCGAAAUUAUCACCUCAUAUUAUUCAAAUAAUGAUUCCUUAUUACUUAUAUUUAUAUAAUUUUAAACCACCGUACGAUUAUAUAUUAAGUAUAAAUAAGCAAACCCCGCUGGCGCCUCAAUUUGCCUUUAUGAGUGAUAUAGUACAAAAUCGAUACGUAGUGUUAUCAAAGGCAAAGACACUAGAAAAUGUAAAUAUAUACUUUUACUAACUUAUAUUAAUGAGGUUACUUAAGUUACUAUAUUUACAGAUGUUUAAUCUUGAAGGUACGCAGGAUUUAUUUAUUGAAUUAUUUAUGUUAAGUUACAUGUAUUAACAUUUAUAUUAUAUACAAUUGCUAGAAAACAAAUAAAUUUGUGUUGAUUUUAAUAAUAUUUUUUUUUCUGACGGGGUUUAAGAAAACGCGUUUCCUGUCCUCUUUCGCAAAAGAAGGGGAUCAUUUAACGACCCCUUUUUAAAUGUUUAAAGGAAAACUAGAAGAAUUUUGGUUGAUUUUUUUUUUAUAAUAAUCAUUUUAAGGUGGAAUAACAUAUCAUCACAGCAUGGCUGACCUCUGAUCGAAACGGCAUUUCGUUUUAUUAAAAGGAUAUUAUAGACGGCAACAUAUUACUUACUCCAUUACCGAGUGGAUAAAGUCUCGGGCUUGUGGUCCGUAUAUAAUGAGUUCGAAUCCCGCAGGGACUUUUUUUGUUACUUACUGAAUUGAAUAUUUUAGAUAUUAUUUUAUUCCCAAACUGCAAAUAUUUCGCUUAUUUGAUAUACAAUGUAUGUAAAAUGUAUUUAUCAUUAUAUCUUUCAUAAUCAAAUAAUUUGCUGUUAAUUUGAGUAAUUUUUUCAGGUGUGUUAUUCCACCUUACAAAUUUGUAACUUUUGCUCCUGUUCUACUGGUAUCACAAACUAAUAAACUGAAGGCAAAUGGAUAUUGAGCAGGAAGUAAGAACUGUUGAAGUUUCAUUCAGGCCCAACUCUUAAAAAAAUUCUUCCUCAUUAAUUAACAUUGGUAAAACGGCUUUUCGCUUUAUAAAAUAGCUGAGACGUUACGCAACUUUUUGGAUAAACUGAGUUAGAAUAAACCUCGGAUAUCAAGGAAAUCAUUUUAGAUAUCGUAGAUAAGAUCAUUGACAGAAAAGACAUGAAGCAAUACCAGGAAGUACUGUAUGCUUUGUUUGCCGUGCCGUUUACGGCUGGGAAUGGAAUGCGGACCCCCGAGGGGUUACGUAUCCACGACGGCAGUAUCUCCACCGUCGCCAUUGCCGUGUUCCUCGUCGCCAUUGCCUGCGUCUCCAUCUUUGUUUCCUCUUCGCCCAUCCACACCGACCCGGACAACGCCAUUCGAUACGUUCUCAUGACAAUAGUCGCCGUCGGUAUAGCCGCUCUUUCACUACUUUGGCACAAGUUCCGAAGACAGAUACGCGAAAAUGAUAACACUGUGACCUAUGCGACCAAUGCAAAACCGACUGGUCUUAGACUGAAGUUUCUUUGGCUGUUUUGCAUGGGGUUGAUUGUUCGAACUGCGCUUAGUGUGGCUCGUAGGUUCCACAACAUCAGCGUAUCUCGUCAUCUGGCUAGGUCAUACGUCAGCAUCUUUUGGAACAUUUCACUUUUCGCAUUUGCUUGUCUGCAGACGGCAUUUAUUAGUUACUUUCGCAACACUGAAAUCGUAGGAUCGCUUCGUGUUCACUAUGGAAUGAUUUUCAUUAUAGUUGCAAACAUUUCCAUCUGGUUUGACUCCAUAUUGUUACAGGAAAAGCGUUUCGUACUUUUUCACAAUGAAACAACGCAAAACAACGGGGUGGAAUCCUUCAACUGCACCAAAGAACCUUCAGUCGUAUGUCUUGCCGAAAACGCUUUUCCAUUUGUAUUGCCUAUCGUGGCAGAGUUCUGCCUAGUGUCCAUCGGAUUUCUUUUCCGGAUUUGGUCGACCGCAAGAAAAACCAUGAUCAGAACUUUUCUUAUGAAUCUUACCGACCCACGGGAAGAACUAACGCCUCUUAUGAACCAAAGCGAAUACGUUGAAAUCGACCAGCAGACACAGUUUCCGUAUGGAUCUCGCCGUAAAUCGGCCCUGUUGUAUCUGAGCGCCGCUGUUGGAGCAGUGUUUGUGAUCGUUCUUGUCAUCAUCGUGUUGGCAAUUUUGACCGAAAAAGGCGAAUUGAAACAACUAGAUCUCUACAAGUCACUGAAAAUCUAUCGUCUGCUAUACACCAUUGUCAUGAUUGGUCUCGUGUUUUUGGGGUUCGGGCUUUUGUACGGCCAGUGUGUACCCAUUAAUAAUUCCCGCCCAAUUUCGGCUGGAGAAAACAUCCUGUUAUUCAGUUUGCUGGGAACUGUCAUGUAUCUACUGUUUAGAAUGGUUGCCAGCAUUCAUUUUGAGUCCAUUGGCUCUUUGAACAUCGCGGAUGACAUUCUAAGCCUAAUUCACAUCUAUUUCCAGACAGUGCUGAUGCUGCAGUCCUACCGGUACCGUCGCUACAGACGACUAGAAUUUCUGUCCAUCAAGAAUGUGUUCAUGCUGCUAUUUGUGAUGAACCUUGGUCUCUGGUUCAACGACAGUUUUCUUCAGAACAGAACGCCCUUCAUCAACACGGUCAACUACAAGAUGUACAGUCAACAGACCUGGGACUUUGUCAACGGCACGCUAUUUCCGGUUGUCGUUUUCUUCCAGUUCAAUUGCUCAAUGAUUUUGUAUGAGCUUCAUCAUAAUUUCCGUUCUUUUGAUGAAAGAUAACGUCCAUACGAAGACAAUUAAUAAAAUUUAUAUCUAGAUAUGCAUACUAUAUAAAUUAUUUGUUUGGACUUUAUAGAGAUAUCCGACUUUUCCGGUGGUGGGUAUUGAAAGUGGUAUUUUUAAUUUUAGAUGUUAUGGAUCAGAUUGUAUACAUAUAUGAUGACAAAAAAUUAUGUAUUUUCUAUAAACUGGCAUUUGCAGUGGAAUGGACUUGUAUGUUCGCUCAUAUAUGAUACAUACGUUCACUACAUAUGUUUCCGUAUAACGAAAGAAGUUGUUGGGUAUAUAUACCAUAGACAUUUAACGGUAUAUACAUACAUGUGAUUCGUGUCAAUUUUUAAAAAAGAAUUCAAGUUGAUCUUUUCAAUUUUAAAGUACUAUCAUGAGUACAUUUGUACGUGUUACAAAGAUUUUCUUCAAUAAAAUGAAAAAGAUAAA